AUGAAAUUUAGAAACUAUUAAGUAAAAAUUGAAUCUUACUUAACUAUAAGACUAAUUAACAAACAAAAUUAGAAAAUAUUGAGAUUAUCCAUAAUUAGUGGAAUUCUUAAAAAAAAGAUAAAAGAGAGGAGUAGAAAUAUCUAAUUGGGUGUUAGAUUUCUUUAAAAAGAGAGAAAAUAAAAAUUGUAAAGGAAAUCAAGAAGAACAAUGAAAAAAGAUGAAAGAAUAAUAAUAUAAAUACAUUGA